AUGCACGAUGCAGCUAUGUUGGCAGAGUCAGGUUUUCUACGUGAUUUAAACAUGUAUGCAUUUUCACCAAUGGGCGUACCCCUCUGCAUAUAUGGUGAUCCAGCAUAUCCAUUAAGGAUACAUUUGCAAGCCCCAUUCAGAAACACAGCAAGGCUCACUCAACAAAUGGAGUUGUUCAACAAGUCAAUGAGUAAAGUGCGAAUGUCAGUGGAGUGGAUUUUUGGGGACGUCAUAAAUGAUUUUAAAUUUCUUGACUUUAAGAAAAACUUAAAGAUUGGUUUGAGUGCUGUAGGAGAAAUGUACUUUCUAGGUGCCAUAUUACGGAACUGA